CUAAAAGAUUCCAAAUGGAUCCAUCAAUUAUUGAGUUUAUUGGUGAAAAAUGUAUGAUUAGCAUCAUACCAAAUUUUUCCAACGAGCCGCUUCACUUAAUAUAUGGAUCUGUGGGACCUUUCCGAGCCGGCUUUCCAGUUUUCGUGCCUCUAUGGCUGGCAGCUCAUCUCCGCAAGCAACAGAAGUGUCGCAUUGUACCACCAGAAUGGAUGGAGCUGGAGACUCUAGAAGAAAUAAAGGAGGAGGAGAAACGUUCCAAAUACUUUACCAAGAUGCCAAGCGAGCACUAUAUGGUUGUCGCCCAGUUAGUCAUGAGUACCUCACCCGAUGAUGUGCCACGCUGCGAGGAGCUGCGCACAGUUAUUAAGGAUAUCUUUGAUAUACGCGAGUCCAAGCUGAGGACCUCCAUAGAUGCUUUUAUUAAAGGUGAGGGCACGUAUGCCAAACUGGAUAAUCUAACGCUGCUCGAGAUACACAGCGUGCGUCCUAUCCUGCCUUAUUCUUUGGAUCAUAUAGCACGCUAUCAGCGCAUGGCUACUGCCUCACAACGAGACACUUCCAUGCUGGGACUAAACACAACGGGCGCCAACUCGGGCACAAACUCCAUGAGCAACUCCUUCUUUACUCAGUAG